CUGCCUCCGUUUCGUUCACAGAACACCACUGCAAGCUAAGCUUAGCUAGCUCUUGUACAGGUUUCCUCACCUGCUGUAUCGAUCGAUCUUGUUGUGGCCAUGGAGAUGAUGGCGGCGAGCGGCGGGCAGCAGGCGGCGGGGUGCGGGGGGAGGUACUUCCAGAUGCCGCUGCACUACCCGAGGUACAGGAAGGAGGACUACGAGAGGAUGCCCGAGUGGCAGCUCGACCGCCUCCUCUCCGAGUACGGCCUCCCCGUCGAUGGCAACCUCCAGCACAAGCGCGCCUUCGCCAUCGGCGCCUUCCUCUGGGGCGCCGGCGGCGGAGCCAACGCCGCCUGAUCCAUCGGCCGAUCGACAGCUACCUGAUAGAUGAAUCGACAGUCGAUGAUCGAUCGACACACACUGAUCGAUCUUGCAGGCUAGUAUUAUGCUUUGAUAUAUGGAUACAAGUGUUUUGUAAUUAAGGAGGCAUAGGAGUAUGAUCUACUGCUAGCUUAGCUAGUUUUUUGUACGUCUUCUUUGCGAGUUCUGAGUAUUUUGGACUUUGGAGUAGGCUAGUGUUGUGAUCGAGUUGUGACCAUGUGAGGAUUGACUAGCUAGCAGCGCUUAAUUCCGUUGUUUGUAUCAUACCUAUACAGUACGCUACUCUCGUAUAAUAAUGUGUCUUUUCAUACUACAUCCUACAUCUACUGAUAUACAUGUACGGAUCGAUGUACCAUGCUACCAGCUUCUUCUAUAUGGACUAGUACUAUUAUAUAGACUUUGUUUA